ACACGAAGUCGAAACGUAACCUGUAUCUCCUACGAUGGCCGUGACUAUAUUGUCAAGAAUGUAAAAAUAACCGGAUUCAUAAAAGAGUAGGUAUAAACAAAUCGACGGGCAGACAGUCGUCGUCGCGAAUAUGAAGGACUACAUCGUAUGGGCACUCAUUUUGAGCGCUGUCCUAGCGCUAGGCAACGACAAGCCUGAAUAUGUCAAAGGAUUUUUGCUUGGUUUAAGUGGCAGGGCAGAUGAUCUGACUCUAAUGGAUUUCGAUACUGAAGAAGUUCGUUUCAAGCGGUCUGAUGAUGAUUACUCUGAUGAAGGAGGUUUCGUGCCGAAGCAAGGGAAUGGGAAUGACGAUGAUUUUAUCGCAAAUGUACAAUCGUGUGCUAGUGGUUACGCAAGAGCGCCGUGGGGUAAAUGCAUCAGUUGUACUGAAUAUGUGAAAAAGUUCCGCGUUCAAUGCCCUAAAUCCUAAAGACUCCUUUUAAAUUAAUUAAAGUUAUAAGUACCUAUGUACAAACCUGGAUGAAUAAAUAAACUUGAACACUAUAUUCCUAGUUACCUUAUUGAUUGUCUGGACAAAUAUUUCAUAAACGUUUAGAUCUAUGUACCUAAUCUCGGGAACAACUGGUCCGAUUUGAAAAAUUCUUUCGGUGUUAGAUAGCCCAUUUAUCGAGGAAGGAUAUAGGCUAUAUAUCAUCACGCUAAGACCAACAGGAGCGGAGCCACGCGAGUGAAACCCCGGGCCGCAGCUAGUUAAUUUAUAUUCCUUAUCUUAAUUUUUGUUUUCGAAAGUAUAAACGCAUUUUAGGUGGAUUCUUAUAUUGUUCUUUAUCUGUUUUCAAAUCGGAUAAAAUCUAUUACUAAGAUUCUAGUCUACAACUUUUCUAUAAAAUAUAUAUAAUAUCUAGAUUUUGUGAGCAAUAGCAGUGACCUUUAUUUUUUUCUUGUUGUUGGUUUGACUUGCUGUUUUAAUAUUAAAUGUCAAAUAAGCAGCAUCAAAAGUUUAAUGAAUUUUUAUGUCAGUUAACAUUAAUGAUAUAUUUAUAAAAAUUUAUCAAAACAAGAAUGGAUGAAUUAUGAUUUUCAUACAACAUUAUCAAAAUGUCAUCGUUUAAUUUAUAUAAAAAAAAACAAUGAAUUAACUCUGACAACAUAAUGUGACCUAAAAAACUAUGGAAAUUAAUAUGAAAUGAAUGGAUCUCGGAACAAAUAAAAAAUAGACGACGCAUUCACAAGCUUUUGAUGUCGGUUGAUAAAAUUUGGUUAAAUUAAAAUUACCUCCCUCCCUUAAACCCUUUCACACCAAUAAUGUGCGAUACUGUGUUUGUAAAUAACCAAUAGUAUCGCUUCAAACGCUAUACGCUUCAAACUUCAAACUAAAUGAAGUGAUAUGAUUGGUUAUUUACAAACAUAUUCCUCGCUUCACAUCCUCGCACAUUAUUGGUGGAAAAGCACCCUAAGCUAUGUCUGUUUUUAAUUAUGUAAUAUUUAUUGUAUCGCCUCCAACUCAUAUUACAUAUGAACAUAUUAUAUUUUGUAUACAAGCAUGAUUUCAGAGAUUGUAAUUUUGUUAUAUACCGCUGUUGUAAGAAGUGAGCCUAAUUUUAUGUACCCUUAUUAUCUUGGAAAAUUAUAAAAUAAAUAUAAAAAUGUUGA